GUACUCCAGUCUGCUGGACUUCAGCGACUCGGCUCCUGGUCUGGUUUAAGUUCAAAUGUGUAAGACAGGACCAUGCUGUAAUGCCACAACCUUCGCUAUAAACACAACAGGACUGCUGGAAAUAUAAGGAACUUUCCCAGUGGCCUCAGUUCCUGACAGCACCAACCAUCAUGUCGUGCCGGGACAUCCAUGCCACCAACGCUUUUUCCUUCAUCAUUGCCUUUGUGUCUGUGGGAGGGAUUGCUGUGGCAGCGUUUAUCCCACAGUGGCGUGUAACAAGACUGGUCACCUUCAAUCGCAAUGCCAAGAAUGUCAGCGUGUACGAUGGACUGUGGACUAAAUGUGUGAAACAGGAUGGCUAUUCAGGAUGUUACUACUAUGACUCAGAGUGGUACUCUAAAGUGGACCAGCUGGAUCUGCGGCUCCUGCAGUUCUGCCUGCCUACAGGCCUGCUGUUUGGCUCUCUGGCCUUGCUGCUGUGCAUGGCUGGGAUGUGUAAAACCUGCUGCUGCUCAGACAAACCCGAUCCAGACAUCAAAACCAUCCGGUUCCUGGUGAACAGCGCAGGCUGCCACCUGGUGGCCGGGAUGUUCUUGUUCCUGGGCGGAGCUGUCGCCAUCGCACCCUCAGUAUGGUUUCUGUUCCGCACCAAGGAGUUGAACAUCAGAUAUGACAACAUUUUCUCUGAUGGAUUUGCCGUGUACGUGUCAAUAGGCUGCUCUGGAGGACUGAUGCUGGCUUCCCUGCUGAUGUUCAUGUGGUACUGUAUGUGUAAGAAGUUGCCUUCACCCUUCUGGUUGCCCCUGCCUUCUAUGCCAACCUCUCUGUCCGCUCAGCCUCUUACUGCUAACGGGUAUCCCCCCUCCCCAGUUUAUGGUCCCCAGCCCUUCCCACCACAGACCUAUCCUCCCACAGUGAUCGAUUCCCAGCCUUAUGUGGCUGCACAGGCCUACGCACAAAGUGUGGCUGCCCCUGCACCACCACAGGUGUACAUGUCUCAGAUUUCUGCUACAGAUGGGUACGGGUCAGAGGUGGGAGGGACCCAGGCCUACAGCUACGCUCCUUCACAGAGCUACGCUCCUUCACAGAGCUACGCUCCCUCGCAGAGUUAUGCUCCUUCUCAGGGCUACGCAUCCAGCUACGCCGGCCACCGCUACUCUUCCCGCUCACGGAUGUCUGCCAUAGAGAUCGACAUUCCUGUGCUAACGCAGGGACAGUAAGAGAAGAGAGGCUGAUAAUGUCAGCACACUGAAGGCUUUGGUCUAUGUACCUCGACGAGUUUCACCACUGAUAAAACUAAUAGAGUAUGAUAGGUGAAAGUUAAUAAGAGCCUUUUACAGCCUGAGUGAUAGCUUCAAGAAUCCAGUUAGUCAGUCCAGGUCUGCAAAUUGCUGAUUAUGGAAGACGAGAGGCUGUCAAAAGACCUGGAGGUACUAUGAAGGAUUUUUUUAUAAUGAAGAUCACUACAGUGCUGGUACAAACAACACUGUAAACAGCUUAGUAUCGUAGACAGAACAUUUACUUUUAUUUGAAGCCAAAAUGCUGAAAGACACCUCGACCAGCCAGUCUUAUUCACAGUUUCACCAGCUGAGCAUGAACACUAAUUAAUUGCUCCUCCUCUGCUAGAAAACACUAACUAGUAUUUGUGGCUGAAUAUAAAUUCACACUCUGACUUUAGAUUUAAUGAUGCAGUAGUUACACUGGCUGCCAAAAUGACAGCAGGUUGGAUUAUUCUUUUCUUCUGUUACAUUUCUACGUUGAAUUAAUCACACAUACGUCACUUUUCUGUGCACAGCUAACUUUAUGGAGGUGUUCUGUCUGCGCUACUAAAAUAUUGUUUUCUGAAUGGACGACUACUAAUGCACUCACCUUUUUGUAUACUUCUGUGUCUUUUGUGUGAAUUGUUAAUGUCACAGUGCCCUGUGAAGAGCAGCUGUUAUAGCUUACAAUGCACUAAUUAUGUGAAUACGGUGCCAGUCUAUAUUGCCAUUAACUGUUUUUGUUAAUUGUGAGAAUUUUUUUAAUGUAUAGCUUCUAACAUGAUAAUCACUUAAUUGUAACAAGCUCCCAUAUUGGUGUUUGUCACAAAAGAUGACACUAAGAAACUUGUUAAUAUUUUAAAAUUGUUAAAUGUACAGGUGCAGAUUAUAUUAUUGUGCAGAGAAACAUUUUUAUUAUAUUAUUAUAAGUGUAGCAGAAAAGACAGGAUUAAAAAAAUGCUGUUCAUGUCUGCUCAUCACAUUUUUGGAAUGAUUAGAAGUAAAAAACAGUCGGUCAACUUAGCUGGAAGUGUAAUGUCGUGGUGGUAGUACUUGUGAAGGAGCCAAAAUGAACUUACAGUUUAAUGUUUGCCUUUUGUAUAAUGACCACUGAACAACAUUUCUUCAAAGUCUAAUGUGUUUGUCAUUUUAUUCUGCAAUGUUGAGAUCAAUGAAAAAACAUGUUUUUCUACACUAUCAUCUUAUUUGUAUUAAAAAAUAAA